GAAACGCUGAAGAAAUUGGAUGGAGCCUGCGAGCUGACGCAGAUCACAGCAUGCCGUCUGAUCAAUCGAUACUACGAUCCGAAGCUGGACAUUGGCCCAAGGGAAGACUGGCCCGUCGUCGCGUUGGGGGCGGCCUUCUUGAGCUGCAAAAUGACAGGCAUACCAAGGAAGUCGGCGUAUGUGUCCAAGCUGAACGACGUUGUGGCAGGUGAAGGGGGUACAGAAGCUCGAACAGAAGCGGAACAAAUGCGCUGGGUUGCGCGCUUCCUUGCGGUUGAAUAUCAACUGCUCAGCCUCAUCCAGUGGGAGUUUGCCUACGAGAAAUGGUCGCCAAAGCCACAUCUCGAAUUGAGAUCGAAAAGAGCGAUUGACAUUCUGUUCCAGAAUCCUGCGUGGAAACCUGCAGAGCCAGGAAGCCACACAAGCAAGGAGCAUGCAAGGGCUAUGGUUACUACAAGCGCGCUGAGAUUCUACGUGGUUGUCGCUGCGGAGUAUGACAUCCCGGAUCUGGAUCCUAUGAUGCUGGAUGCCACAAUCGCCGUAGCAAUCAAGCAAUACAUGAAAGGUGUGAAAUUGUCAGAGAACCGCGUGCUUCCGAACCCAUUCGAGCUUGUGGUUGCUGCAACCUUUCCGGAUGCAAUAUUCGACACCUCCUGCAGCACAUCGCCGCCCCUGCGUCCGAGUGCGAUUUCAACUGCCGUCGACACCUCUGGUGCUGUGAACUCUUUAGAGUCCCCAAACACCGCUGAAGGCAACCGGACUCCUGGCGACACCUGCGAGAGCCCAGGGGCUGCUGGAAGUCAAAGCAAGGUAGGGCGGCCGAAAGCGGGAGAGACCAGAUACGAGCCGAGAUGA